UAAUAUUAUGAUCUGAUGAUUAUCGUUUCUUAGACGAUUCUGAGUAGGAGAUUUAUUAUCGAUCCUCAUCGUAUCUCUCUCCCCCACCCCCAAACCUUCCGAUGCAUCGUUCUUCCCAUCUCCUCCAAUUCCUCCUCUCUUUUAUAUCUUCUUCUCCCUUCACACCCUCUGGAAACCCCAUCCGUCCUCCUCCUCCCGCGCCCCAUUGACUCCACUAGAUGUCGGAUACUUUAGGAUAUAUUUACACCUAACCGGAGUCCCUCCCCGUGUCUCUCCCAUUUCCCGCCUACUCGGGGGCGUUACUUCGCACAAGACCGGCCGGAUGCCAUACACUGCGCCGUGGAAGACGUCGCCUUCUGCACAGCCCAUCGAACCCUCCGAUCUCACCACGCCUCCUUCCCCCAGUUCACCCGCUGUCGUCAACCCUCAUCCAUGCAGUCUAAACCUCCCCCGCGCCUACUCCUCCGCCUCUUACGUACGACGGCACCGUCGGUGUUCAUCGACUAGCAAGCAGUUCGUAUUUCCGGCGCCAGAAGGCCAUCUCCCCGACGCCUAUGCGAGUGUCAGGCAGUCUCCGCCUCCUGUAAGUGAGGGCCCCAUCCCUCCCGGAGCUCUUCUCUCCCCUCCAGAAUCUCUCCAGAAUUCAAGCGAUGACGAGUCAUCGCCACACCGGUCAAGGGAGGAGCUUCGGCUGGCAGAAUUGGAGGCCGCUGUCAGGUCCAUUGAACAAAGACGGAUGUCUUCCCCCGAGCGGCAAUCGUCAGGGGACAAGCCUUCGACAAGCAGGGAGGAUGCAGUCGGUCCAAAUGCUGGUAGACAAUCCCGCCCAACUUUGACCAAAGACAACCGCAACAUUUCGCAUUCCCGAUCGUUUGCCCAGGAGGAGGAGGCCUUGACAAGUUCUCCCGAGGAGAGCGAGCGAGACGAUGAGCCUCCUCGACCCAAGCACGAGAUGGUGCGCAAGAAGUCGGGGGAGCUGGUACGACCGGCGCUACGCCCACCUUCCGCCAGGCGACGCCCCUCCAGUAUGCCGGGAACACCCACCUUUUCCAAGGCAGUGCACUUUGACUCCCAGCUGGAGCAUAUUCGUCACUUUUUGCAGCUAGAUAAGCCCCAGGCUGUGAGUGCGGGUUCUUCGCCGGUAGAGGACCUCAAUGCGGAUGGAGAGUAUCCAUUUGGGACUGAAUCCUCCAGUGCACCCGCAUUUGAAUGGGAGUUGCAUCUAACCAACUUUCCCCAACACUCUUCACAUCAUGCUCACCAUCGCGUUCGCCUCGAGCAAUUGUAUCUCUCGCCCGAUAAAAGCUCCCUGGUGGGGAAUGUCGUGGUCGCGAAUCUAGCCUAUCACAAGCAUGUGGCAGCCCGUUUCACGUUUGACAACUGGAAGACCACCUCCGAGGUGACUGCUGAAUAUAAUCGCGAUCGUGGACGAAAGCACGCACCCAAGGAUGGCUAUGACCACUUUUCAUUCAAUAUCAAACUGGAUGAGCAGACGAAUUUGGAAAAGAAAACCAUGUUCGUCUGCGUACGAUAUAAUGCGAAUGGUCAAGAAUUCUGGGAUAACAACCGCACGAGGAACUAUCAAGUCAACUUUUCCAAGGUUCCAAAACCGAGACCUAGUCGGAAUCUAGGGAUCCCGGCGGGCGCACGGCCCCGGGUCAAUUUGCCUCGGAGCAGGAGCUUUACGGGAUCUGCGGGCACUCGUCCUCACUCCAUGCCAUCAUCACUGAAGGACUUUUCCGACAUGCACCGUUAUAUUUCUUUCGGGCCCCCCCCGAGGGACCAAAGAGGCACGCCUGGGGAUGAUAACGAUAUUCCUCAUGAUACUGAAACUCCGCUCCCCAUUCGCCGCGAUAAACCACCGCACCAAGUCUUCGGCAACCGUUAUGAUUUUGAAUCGUCUCUGUCCGCGGUUAUGCGCACAAAGCCCGAAUACGAUCGUACCAUGCUCUCUGUACGAGCAGCAACAUCAGAGGCUCCUGCAAUCCACCUCGAUAAUCAGAAACUCGCCCGUGGCGCAACCUGGAGAGCCAAUGCAAUCGCCGCGCAGCCUAGGUCAUCAAGUGAACCGGCAGCCCAUGAGAUGCCAUCCUCACUAUUAUCAAGCAAACCCCAUCGCGAGUCUUCGGUGUAUAAGGAGCUUGUCGACCGAUAUUGCUUUUUCGGGUCUCCUGCCUCGGCCCCAAAUCUUAACCGCCCCUUGAAAUCAACCGAUUCGGGCUUGCCGAAGAGCUCCACUCAAUCGUCCAACUCUCCUUCGCCCCCUUCACCAGGAAAUGUCCCUCCAACUCUCGAAUACAAAUACUUUGAACCGAUGCAAGACAGCUUUUUGAAAGAAACGCAGACCCCAGCCGCUAUCCGUGGUUGAUUAAUGCCCUUGCGUCGCUCUUUCUGAGUUGGAUGACAUCAUUUUAUUGUUCCAUACUUUGCGACUUUCCUUCUUUUCCGUGGCUGGUUUUCUAGUCUUAUUUCGAGCCUUGAGUUGUGUGACCUCUGCGAUGUGCAAUAAACCGCAAGGACAUUCCACUCUGCUCAGUUUGUAUUGUCUACUUUUUUUUCUUUUUUCUUUUUUACCUGGUUCAAUGGCUUGCGAGUUGCUGGAUUUAUAUUUAUGUCCAGUGCAGCUCGGCGGACCCUUUUGACACGAUUAUGAUGCUCCGGGACUUUAUUGCCAUGGUUUUUUUUUUUUUUUUUUUUUUCUCUUUUCUUUUCUU